AUGGCAGCCGGCCGGACCAGGGUGUUCGAGACCUGCCUCGCCAGGUACAAUCCAUUCAUCAAGGCUCCGCGUGGUUCCUCCAACGCCCCAACACCCGCCCUGGCGGGCUUGCGUCUCUUAGGAUACUGGAUGCGGGGCGUGGGGCGCAGAUGGCCUGCUCUCACCGGAGACCGGCCAGGCACUUCACUAAAGCUAAGCUCAGCACCCCGCGGCCGAAGACUCUUCAAAGAAACUACAAGCAAGCAAAAGAGAAAAAAAGGAGUGGAACAGGAAAAGAAAGAGGCAAGUGUGGCCCGGAUCCAGAACCUCCAGCGGAUCUCUCCUCUCCUACGAGCCGCACUCGGCUGGAUCUUUUGCCAGCCGAGUCGGCCGGGCAUCCGCCCGCCCCUCACCCCGUCCAAACAUAUGGCUUUCCGCUGGGUUUGUCACCGUCGGCAUUCUGCAGGCCGGCUUGAGAAUGGCUUCUCAUUCUCGCACUGA